AUGGCCGGGCUAAAACCUAAUAAAGGCGUGAUGCUAUCCGACUUACUUAUCACGCGUCUAAACCUGAGGGCGGUGCGAUGCGGGAAUGCAAUGACGAGACGCAACCGGAGCGCGAACAGAGCGAGUCGGUGCGCCGGCCUGGUGGCUGUCGUCAUACUAGCGUCGCUGCCUUAUAGCUCAGCGCUCAGCCUGCCGAGCGGGGACCCAGCGCCGGGCAGGUCACCCGGCCCGCCCGCUCGCGACCCCCAAGGUGACCUUCAAAACGCGCGACGCAAAUACGCCGAACUGAACGCCGAACUAGACGCCGCCAUCGACGCUGAAGGCUACGGCGAGACAACGACGGACUACUACGAAACAACUACGGCGGGCUACGCGGGCGGCGACAAGAUCGUAGACGCGUGCGCCUACGCCAGGAUCCCAAGCGACAUUGGUGAUAUCGUUACGCUGAGUGAGAGUGACAGUGAUGUCAAUUUGACCGUUGGCCACGCGGUGUUCGACGCCGGCGAACUUGUGAGGGCUGUUGUUUAUGACGCACACGCUCCCAAUUUGCUUGCCAUCGGUGAUUUGAACUCGUCCAAACACGUGGAUGUGGAAAGGCAACAGAUUGACCGCAGACGCUCGGGGACUGAGGGAAUCGCUAAUGAGCAAUCAGGUUUACGUCAGCGGUCAACGUCUAAAACUGCGCGC